CGCUUCAGCUGCAAAACACCAUAAAUUAAUUAAAGAUGUUUCGUCUUGCCAUCUUUGCUUGCAUUGCUUUGUGUCUAGUACAAGGAUCUUUUCUUCCUGUCCAACCUUAUGACUACGGAUAUGCCGUCAGGGAUCCUUUCAGCCAUCAGUACAAACAAGAAGCCGGAAAUGGCGUUGGAGGUGUAGUGGGGAGCUACGGUACCGUUGAUGCUAGAGGAAACUUUCAAUACAGGAACUAUGCAUCGGGUGCCGGAUAUCCCAUCUAUGGAUAUGGAUUAAAUGGAUACGGACUUAGAUACGAUGGAUAUGGACUUCCAUAUGGGGCUUAUGGAAAUCUUGGUUAUGGUUAUGGAGGCGUAUUGGGACACCCCGCAUUGUUUUAAAUGCUAUGGAGUGCCUUGAUCUGCUUACAAUUAUUAAUUAAAUAUUGCUAUCAUAAAUGAUUAUUUUGAAUA